AGAGCAACCGCCAAUUCUUAGGAAAACAGGUGUACAUACCAGUCAGUCAUGCAAACCAAACCUGUCAUUCUUCUUAUUUCUUCUUCCGUACUUCUUCCUUUUUCCCACAUUUUCCUUCUCUUUUUCCCAAUAACCAAACAAACUAUCUUUGUUUCCUUUCAGCAAAAAAAAAGUACUAUCUUCAUUUUCCAUUUCUCAAUUUUCAAUUUCGCGAGUAGUCCCCAAAUAAAAGUUCAGAAGCUAUUUUCCAUGGAUUCAAGAUCGGCAACUAGUGAGGGAAAUGACUCUAAGACGGAAAACGUUUCUCGUCGGGUUGAAGAAACAAGUCCUGAAUUAUUGAAGAACACGCCGUCGAAUAUUGCGAGAUUGGAGGAUGAGAUUGAACAGUGUAUAGGUCGCCAGAAGUAUCUUGCUCAGACUAGGAGUCCCUCUGAUGGCGUCGAUGUUCGCUGGUUCUUUUGCAAGGUUCCUUUAGCUGAGAAUGAGUUGGCUGCUUCAGUUCCCCGGGCUGAGAUAGUAGGGAAAGGAGAGUAUUUUCGGUUUGGCAGAAGGGAUUCUCUUGCAAUAGAGGCUUCUUUUUUACAGAGGGAGGAAGAGUUGCUUGGUUGUUGGUGGAAAGAGUAUGCAGAAUGCAGUGAAGGUCCAAUAGAACGGCCUAGUUCCCGCAAUAAAUUGAAUAAACAAGUCAACAUCUCUUCCUCAGAGGGUGGUCCAUCAACCAAAUUAUAUGAAAUGGAGGAAGAGAGAGUUGGUAUUCCAGUGAAGGGAGGACUUUAUGAGGUAGAUUUAGAGAAAAGGUAUUCUUUCCCAGUUUACUGGAGUGGAGAAAAUCGGCGUGUUUUAAGAGGUCAUUGGUUUGCUCGUAAAGGGGGUCUAGAUUGGCUCCCUCUUCGUGAGGAUGUUGCUGAACAGUUGGAGAUUGCAUAUCGUAGCAAGGUUUGGCACCGAAGAAGAUUCCAACCAUCAGGUCUUUUUGCAGCUCGAGUUGAUUUGCAAGGUUCCCUGGGAUUGCAUGCUCUUUUUACUGGAGAAGAUGAUACUUGGGAGGCUUGGCUCAAUACUGAGGCUUCUGGAUUUUCUAGUGUCAUUACUUUAGGGGCAAAGGGAAUCAAAUUAAGACGUGGAUAUUCAACAUCUCACUCAGCAAAACCUACUCAAGAUGAAAUACGCCAACGGAAGGAGGAAGAAAUGGAUGAUUACUGUUCACAGGUUCCUGUACGACACCUGGUCUUCAUGGUUCAUGGAAUUGGACAGAGAUUGGAGAAAUCUAAUUUAGUCGAUGAUGUUGGUACAUUUCGCCAUAUCACAGCAAGUCUAGCAGAACGCCACAUUACUCAACACCAGAGUGGCAUUCAGAGAGUUUUAUUCAUCCCAUGCCAGUGGAGAAAAGGUUUAAAGCUUAGUGGAGAAACAGCAGUGGAAAAAUGCACUUUAGAUGGUGUUAGGGGCCUGCGUGUCAUGUUGAGUGCAACUGCUCAUGAUGUGCUAUACUACAUGAGCCCCAUCUACUGCCAGGAUAUCAUCAACUCGGUAUCCAAUCAAUUAAAUCAGUUGUAUUUGAAGUUUCUUAAGAGGAACCCUGGUUAUGAUGGAAAGGUUUCUAUAUACGGUCAUUCUUUGGGAAGUGUUCUCUCCUAUGAUAUCCUCUGCCACCAGGAAAAUUUGUCCUCUCCAUUUCCUAUGGACUCAAUGUACAGGGAACAUGCUGAAGGUGACCAGUCUUCUGCAAGCAACUCUUCACUCAAUCUGGAAGUUAAAACAUCUGCAAGUAACAAUAUUGAAGACAUGGUGGGUUCAAUUGAUGCUAAAAAUCAGAGGUCAUCACCAGCUCUUUUGAUACAUGAGAAAGGCAUAUCAAGCCUUGUAUCUAAUCAGGGGGAAAAAGAUUCCUCCGUACCUGCUACAGCAGAUGAUGAAAAAAAGAGUAUGCUGCCAACUCUUUUAGUACAUGAUGUAUCAAAUGGAAAUACUGAAGGUGUUUCUACCAUUGUGGAUACUGUUGCACCUGACUUCAAUAUAUUAUCUGAAAGUGUUUUCAACUCCAAUCAAUCAAGUUGUAAUGAAGAUGUUCCUGAAUCAAUUUAUGAUCCUAGGGGCUUGGUUCUUGAUAACAGGGACAACUUUUAUGGAACUACGGAUUAUAGUUCUGGAGUCUGUAAUGAUGCCUCAGAACUAGUGUCUGAAGAAAUAUGUGCAGAGAAAAACGAUCCGGAAAAAAAAAUUAAAGCACUGAGUAAAGAGCUUGAAUCCCUGAAGGUCAAAAUAGCAGAAUUGGAAUUGCAAUGUGAUGGCGAAGAUAGGACUAUGAGGCUCCACAAAGAAAACGAAGCAGCACCUACAACUGUAGUAAAGCAACCCAUAUGUAACAAGCUGCCAGCUGAUCAUCAUGAUUCCCUGAAGAGUUAUACCCCGUAUAUCACCUACACAAAACUUGAAUUCAAGGUUGACACUUUUUUUGCUGUCGGAUCUCCUCUUGGUGUCUUUCUUGCUCUUCGUAACAUUCGUAUUGGAAUUGGAAGGGGGCAAGAUUAUUGGGGAGAGGAAAAUAUUAAUGAGGAGUUUCCAGCUUGUCAGAGAAUGUUCAACAUAUUUCACCCUUUUGAUCCUGUAGCAUAUCGGGUAGAACCUCUUGUUUGUAAAGAUUACAUCGGCAAACGACCUGUCCUUGUACCAUACCACAAAGGUGGAAAAAGGUUGCACAUUGGGUUACAGGAAUUUGCUGAAGACGUAGCUUCUCGUUCUCAAGCUAUGGUGGAUCGCCUAAGCUCUGUUAGGAAUAAAGUGCUUACGGUUUGCCAGUCAAGAAAUGACUCAGAAGGAGAAGAAACAGCCGAAGUCAGAGAAGAGAGAUCAUACGGCUCUCUGAUGAUGGAGAAAUUAACAGGAAGCACAGAAGGACGUAUCGAUCACAUGCUUCAAGAUAAAACGUUCCAGCAUCCAUAUAUAGCUGCCAUUGGAUCACAUACAAACUAUUGGAGGGAUCAUGAUACUGCUCUUUUCAUUUUGAAACACUUGUAUCAUGAUAUACCUGAAGAUCCUAAUUCAACUGAAGCAUCUCAUGGAGAGGACAUGAAAGAGGCAAGCGACACCAUAGGUUUGUCUGAUCAAAGAGAAACUAUUGAGGAGGAGCUUCCUUUGACAUUCUCUGACAAAAGCGUUGUUAGGAACUUCUCUAGUAGAGCAAAUAAGCUAUUGAAGAAACAUUGAAUUUUGAAUUGCAUCUACUUCUCACCGUUACCCAAGUGGAACAACUGGGCUAUGAGCCUAUGACCGUUUGCUAUGUUGCGAGCCAAAUCAUUCCGGCUGUUUAAAGAGAAAAAUGAUUGGCCCUUCUGCUAUGGAUCUGGCUAACCAUACUGUAGAGAUGCUUUGCAGAGAUUAAGUGAUUUCUAACACUAAAAUGACCCUUCUGAAGAUGAUCCUCCAGUCCUCACAGAUGACAUGAAAAAUUGUUGGGCAUUUUUGGUAUGGAUAAGUUGCAACUCAUUUUCUUUUACAUUACAACGUAUAGUAUAGUUAUAGCGGAUCAAGUUUACAAGAAAUUUCUCAUGAUUUAAUAUUUCAAAAUCAGAAUUUAAAUAGCUUCUUGCACGUGUGUUUGUUUCAAUACUUUUACACCCGUGCCACAAGUUGUUUGAAUUUUGAUUGGCAUUUUAAAUUAUUUGAAAUUUUCUUAAAAAUUUGUCGGAGCUUGUAACUAAUUAUGCACUGUUAUGUUGAAAUAUAUAUAUUUAUAUAUAAAUAUAUGUAUACAAGUAGAUUUUCAUAUUAUGGAAAAUACCAAAGGUACCAAUAGUUAGUGAUUAAAAAGCAAUUCCUUAUUUAUAUAUAAAUAUAUAUGUUCCAUAUAUAUAAUCUGAGUACAUGUAAGAGAAUGAAAGGUUGAUUGAGAUUUGCUUGUGGAAGUUGUUGUUUUGAAUGGAAUCAUGACUCACGAGUGGUCCACCUUUACCAUCCUGGAUAAGAAAUUUCUUACACAAAUAUUUUUCUAUUUUUCUGGUUACCUUUCAUCUGUUAUAAUAGGUAUCUGUUAGUAAUAUAACACUGCAUUUUCUCCUUUA